CUUCCUGCUUCCUCGAGCUGCUUUCCGGUGCCAUGUCGCUACAAAGUUGUUGUUCUUGAUAAGUCCAACACGUUGUUCAUGAUGCCCAUCCUCUACCUCUUCAAUACCUAAGUAUUAACCAUCUUCUAGACCUCACCACUCUCCAGACAUCCUUGAUGCAUUUCGACCGCUACCUCUAGACUCAUCUCAACAACCAAAACACACCUCUCCUCUAGCCCAGUCCUAAUGCAUGUCGUCCUGCCCUCAACAACAACCCGCUUGGUCACCCACCGGAAGCCCUCCCGGCCUCCGCACGGUAUCAAACGACAACACCACCCCCUCAACCUAACCAUAACGCCCCACCUCGACUCUCACCACCCCCUCUACUCCCGCCUCGGCCCCAACUCCCUCUCCCGCUACCCCCACAACCCCAAAAUGGAAACCCUCUUCACAACCUCCAAGCCCAAACCUCAAAUAACCACCACCACCACCACCACCCCCUCCGCCACCCGCCUCGAAAUCAUUCUCCUCGCCCUCUUCAUCCUCUCCCUCGUCCUCCUCCUCCUCUUCAUCCUCGCCCUCGCCCUCCGCCGCCAAGUAUCCACCUCAACCAACAAACGCCGUCACCACCGCAGCAGCCACCAACCCGACGUCCAUGGCCGCGCCUCCUCACCAUGUCUAUUCAACACGGCCUUCGGCGGCGGCCCACUCCCUCACGAACCCUUGCUGUCUUCUUCUACCUCGUUACCCGCAGACGGGAACGAGAAAACGUCGCUGCUCAACCGCGUCAGAAAGGCAAGCGAGGAUCUUGCAGAGGCGGUGCAAUACGAGUUGAUGGAGCUGGGGAGGAAGGUCUCGGCGCAUGGGAGGGCGGUGGUGGUGGGUGCCACCGCGGCGAGGAGGGAGCAGCAGGAGAGGAGGACGGCGAGGGAUGAGGAGGUUGGGCUGGAUGCCGCCGCUGGGAGUGGUCUUGCUGGUCAACAACAGCAUGGGUUUGACGGUUGGAGGGAUCAAGACUGGGGUUGGGAUACGGAGGCUUGUAGUAUGGUUGGGCCCAAGCCGAAGCCGAAGCUGGAGACUGUGGUGAGGAGGUCGAUUAGUUGGGUGAUGGAUCGGGGUGGUAGGAGGUCGAGUUAUGCUUACUCUCGGGGGUUUGCUUCGCCUUGUGAUACUGGGGGAUUUAGGCCGAGGAUGGGGGUUGGUGGUGGUGGUGGUGGCGGGAGGAGGAGGAGUUUGGCUGUGACGGGGGCUGAGUAUGCUGUGUGAGACUGAGAGAAGCUCGUGAGGGCUUUGAUUUUUUUCUGGAAACUGAAAGAAUGGGUAACUUAACAUGGUGGAGAUGUGUAUCGUGAGAGCAAAUAGGUGGUAGUGGUUCAACCUAUCUAUAGAUUACGCGCACC